AUGGGAGGUUCAUCAUCAACUCCAGCGUCUGCUCCACCCCGACCUCCUUCUCCCACUUUUAAAACUCCAUGGAGACAAUUACAGUGGGGAAACACUCAGCAUGAUCUCCAGUACGUGAGGGAUUUUGAACCUGAAGGAGAUGCAGUGAAACAACUCCGAGUUUUGCUCUACGGGCCAGUUGGUGCUGGAAAGUCCAGCUUCAUCAAUUCUGUCAGCACUGUCGUACGAGGGACAAUAGCCCAUACAGCGCUGCCCAGCACAACAAACUCUGAAGGAGCAAGUUUCACCACAAAAUAUGAAACCCAUAAAAUCAGGAAACACAGCUGGGGCAGCUAUUACCCCUUUGUCUUCAAUGACAUCAUGGGUGUGGAGGAAGGCAGUGGGAGAGGAGUCAGAGUGGAAGACAUCAAACUGGCCAUGAUGGGACACGUGAUGGAGAAUUACAAGUUCAACCCUGCAUCUUCGCUGUCUCCUUCUGAUUCUGGCUACAACUCUACACCAUCUCUGGACGACAGAGCCCAUGUUCUGGUUUGUGUCUGUUCUGGAAACGCAGCAGAUAUUUCAGACUCAGUUUUACAGAAGAUGAGGCAGAUCAGAGAAGCAGCCAGUGACCUGGGUAUUCCCCAACUGCUUAUUGUCACCAAACUUGAUGAAGCCUGUCCUGAAACGGAAAGGAACCUGCAGAACAUCUACAAGAGCAAGUUUGUAAAGAAAAAGAUGACACAGCUCAGCUCUGAACUGGGGAUUCCACUCAACUGCAUCCUUCCUGUGAAGAACUACAGCAAAGAAACCAGCCAGGAUGCAGAUGUUGAUGCUCUGAUCCUGAAUGCACUGAGACUGAUUCUUGACUUUGGAAAGGAUUUCAUUGACAAAUUGUAAACCUGCAGAAAAUAGUGCUGUCAUACAUGACAAACCUCACAUGGCAGAGUUAAAUUUAUUUAUAAUAUUUUAGCCUAAACAGACAAUGUUAGCCUAAAGAAGUUAAUGUAGGCUAAAUAAGUUAAUGUAGGCUAAAUAGUAUAAUGUAAAGCCCUAUGUUAGGCUAAACAGGAUAAUAUUAGCCGCUAUGUUAGCAUUUUUCAAGUUGUGCUAAAUGUUGGUGAUGGCAUGAUACUCAACAAGUAAUUUGUUUGUUUGUUUAUUUAUUUUCUAAAAAUGAGACAGUUCGUAUUAAUGUACAUUCCUACGUAAAUUAAGAUUGUAGAUUAAUAAGAUUGUAGCCAUACGGCUAAAUUCCAUCUCGAGUCCCAUUGGCAGAUCAAAGAUAAAGAAAUUACAAAUAACAUAAAACCAUAACUGAACAAAGACAUGCAAAAAGAAAAACAAACAACAAGUGAUAACACGUACUGCACAUAACAGACAAAAAUUGGCAGCUACCAACCAGUAAUUAACAUUAGCCGAUGACUAUUGUUGUGAAGCAUGGAGAUAUGAGAUCCCAGAAUCAGCCACAAAGGGGAGACUCUGACAGAACAACAGCUAAAUAAGGGAACAUUGUGAUAUUAUAACCUGUGAUUUAGGAUCAGAUUAUGCCAUAACCUAAUGAAUGUGUUUGAUCUAACCAAGUGUCUAUUCUUACAUUCUUUAAUGUUGAAACAGUGUAGGAGUCAGAAGAGCAGCUCACUGUGAAAAGUGAUGUUUUUGACAGAUUUGACUAAAAAGAGGAACUUAUGCUUUAUGAAAUGGGAAUGCUUUUAACAGUUUUGAUUACUAUGAAACUGAGGUGUUUUAGAAAGAGUUUUGACUACUGUUAUGAGGUGAGAAGUCAUGAGUUAAGUGAACUCAGAAUAGAUUGGGAUUUUUUAAUAAGUCUGUACACAUUGUCCAAAAGAUUGCACAAUGGGAUGCCAGCGACAGUUAGAGGCUGACAUCUGCUUUUCCAUUUCCUGAUCAGGAGCCUGUGCUGAGUUGCAGACAAGAGAGAUCAGGGGGGCAAGAUGGGCUGUCUGGACAGUCCAAAACAGAUAGUUUCAGUUCCUUAAAAGUGGAGGUGAUCAUGCGGUCAGUGUAUGGGGCAAGUGUGUGAGUUGGGAGGGGGUAAAGAUACAGUAAACUAUAAGUUACAUCUGAUCGAGAUGCAAGUGGGGAGAUCGUUGCGGGUAUCUGCCUGGGUGCAAUCCAGACAUCUGUCUGAGCACAGGGGAUGAUUACCACGUAACUCGGACAGGGAAUUCAACAUGAUCUGCAAAGGAAUAACUGUUCUGAUGGAAUUAUGGACCAAAGUACUGCGUUUCCUGCAGUGUUGGAGGAUUACUGAACUGUGAUCUGGAAAUAAUGCUGUCUGAAGGAACAUUACUGAACUCUAUUUUCCAUGUGAGGAAUACUGGACCAAACAACAAAAAUGGAUAUAUGCAGAUCUAAAUCUGGUCCGGACCCCCGUCCACUUCCCCCUGGGCCCCGGCGGGUCUCAGGUGAGCAGCCGGGUGUGGCCACACCGUGACUGCUCUCCCUCCAAAUUAUGUAAUCUGGGUGAAUAUUACUUCUCUUUUAGGAAAGCAUAAUACCAGUUAGGAGUUAGGAUGAGUGAUUUGAAUAUUAUCUAAGGUUUGAUUAUUUGUCUGAUGAUUUAUUGGCUAUGCUUUUGCCCUGCUAAAUAUAUUUUAAUAAAGCAUUUUCCUGCAAUUAAAGACAACAAAUUGCAAGUGCUAUUUUUAUCCCUGAAUGAAUACUUAUACAUCUAGCUCUGGAUGUAAAAAGUCAGAUUACUGCGUGCAUAACAAUAGCAAAGGUUCUGAAAGGUUACCUAAUCAUAGGGGUCAGGUUGGCCCAGUAUAAACAUAUCCUAGAGGUUGUCUAUAUGUCCAUAACCUCUGAAUUAACCUAGCAACUUAACAAGUGCAAGAUCUAUGAGAGGAAAAGCUGCCGUUAACAGGUGUGUCUGGUGGUUAAAUUUAACUAUACCGAAGUGGCUACUCGGUUAAAUUAAUUAUCAGAGGAAGCAGGGAUAGGCGUCUGGAUGAAGGCAGUGAGACAGCUAGGCGAAUUUUCCUCGUCUACCAGCUUAAC